AUGUUCGACUUCGGAGCCUUACCCAGCGAAAUAUUGGCCAUAAUUCUGCAGAACAUCAUCGUCGAGAUCGGGCUUUACAAAGCGGCCCUUCUAAGGGCUGUCAGUCGGUCCUUCGAUGCCGCCAUCGUUCGCGCCAUCUCCGUCGGUCAACCCAUCGACCCUCAUGAUCCGAGAACGCCAGACCUGUGGCGUUCAAUGGAUGCUACACUCAGAGGCCGCAUCGCUUUGUUCAGAUCUAUCGAUGCAGACCCUUCCAAGAGCAGCCAAUUCUCGGUCAUUGCAGACAUCAACCAGACCCUGGACGCCCUGACCGAAGAGGCCCACAAGCAGAUCCGGCAAUCUCAGCACGAAGCCGUUGCAAAGGCUGUGAGCCAAGCGUGCGCACGCUCCCUAUGGGCUGCGAAGAUCCGUCCCGACGACCAGCUCAAUGAGAAGCUCAAAGCUCAAAACCGGUUGAGCGGUGCCAUCGUCAUCGGUAGACUGGACAUUGUCAAAUCGAUGCUCUCUCCAGCUUCGCCAGCACCCUCCACCCUUGCGGAAGUCAACGGCGCCUCGCCAUAUUUGGGAAGGCCGCUGAUCCUCGCAGCCGCUUGGGGUCACCUUGAUAUCGUGCAAUAUCUCCUGGAUAGGGGUGCUCGUCCAGACCUGCUCUUCUGCUGCUACGAAGGCGAGCAGACCGCUAGUCGCGGUUAUGGACCCUGGAACCCGGAGUCGGACUUGGCUGGCAUUAAUCUGUCUGGGCACGCUGAACCACCGGCAAGUGCACUGCAUGCCGCUGUCCUCGGAGGCUUCGAAGACAUUGUUCGGCUGUUGCUGCAGCCCGGAUUCAUGCUACCUCCAUCAGAAAAGACAGAGUAUCUACGCGCAAUCUUGGCUGGUGCACGCACGGGCAGUCUUCAUCUCAUUCGACUUCUCCUGGAAGCAAGCGGUGACAAGCUGUCCGAGAUUCGUCACCUUGGGAAGGAGAUGAUGUAUGCCGCCGUUCGUCGUGGCCAUGCCGAGGUGAUCGAUAUGCUCCUGGACAAUGGCGUUGAUAUCAACGCCCUUCCCGACCCUGACAUCCGCCGCUUUCACGGUACACUUCACUUGGCUUCAUCUCUGGGAAACAUCAGCAUGGUCCGCUAUCUCAUAGAGCGAGGCGCGGGCAUCGAGGCGGUGCUUGUCAACAAAAUGGAGUGCUACCCCAUCGCAGGAGCUGCACACUGUGGACAGGAAGAAGUAGUGGAGCUCUUACUCGACCACGGAGCUGAUCGCAGCACUGCGCUAUGGUGCGCCAUAGACGGAGGUCAACUGCGAGUAGUCAAGCUCUUGCUCGACCGCUUUCCAGACAUGCUGCAAAGGGAGGGCAUGGGACACCACCCCGGCAUGAUAGCACUUGUCAAGGCGAUAGGGGCCCGGCAACUGGCGAUAAUGACCAUGCUGGUCGAGGCUGGAGUCUCGCUCAACGACCCUUACGACGGGCCUCCCUGGCUCGCGAUCAACAUGGCCAAAGACCGCGUUGGAGCUUGGGUGGUCGAGCACAUGCUGAAGCUCGGCGCCAAGGAUACACCCUUGCCCAUCAUGAAGGAGAAGUACCAAUGUACUGCGCGUGGGGUGUUGCUUGAGGCAGAUACGUGGAACUGGGUUGGCAGAUACUAA